UGGUGUAUGUACACAUAUGUGUAUAAUUGUGUGCAUGUGUGAACAGGCUUGCAGGUCAGAAGAGCAUGUAGGGUGUCCACCACUCUCAUCCCUUAUUCUAUUCCUCGAAGGCAGAGUCACUCCCUGAACUUGGAGCUUGUAGUUUUUCUCUGUCUAGACUAGCAGCCACCAAGCCUCAGAAAUCCUCCCGUCUCCACCCUGGCCUGCCCAGCGCAGUCUACAGGCCUGCUCAGGACCAUGAUUUGCUUUUUAUAGGGAUGCUGCAAUCUGAACUCUUGACCUCAUAUGCUUGCCUGCUUAGCCAUCCCCCUUGCCCUGUUUAGAGUUAGCUACACAUGGAAAUGUCUCGGGAUGGUUUAUGUACGUUGCCUUGAUUCCUGUACUCUCAGAGAUCACAGCACAGAAUUCAGACGGGCUGCAUUUGCUUCCUGCAGGUAGAAACUGUUAGGCUUGUUUUGAUCCACCUCUUGAAAUGGAUCCUACCGGGAACCCAAUCAUACACAACAAAAAGGCAGCCGACCCAGUCCAUCCUGACCUUGCCAGCAUGUUGGUGAAAAACAAGACUCUUUUAGCUGAGCUGAGAAAUCUUCAAAGCAAGCUCUAUGUGAAAGAAACGUCUUUGCAAGAGGUGAAGGCUGAGUUAGAGAGUUACAAAGAAAGGAAUGCCCAGCAGGAGCUACAGAUAAUAUCCCUGAGAGAUGACAUCAAGAGCCUUCAGGACCUUAUUGAUUCUCUAAUGAAGAUGAAGAUUUUGAAAAACACAAAUUCUCAGAAUUUUGGAAGACACAACUGGGAUCUAACUGAGAGAGUUCUAGAUCUAGAGAACCGUUUAAGGGAACAUCUGGUGGGAAGAGAGGAGAUUAAGGCGGAGCUUCUGGAGAAGAGGCGGUCCUGCCCCAGCAGCUUCUCGCCCUAUAUGAAUCUGAAAGGACCGGAAGAUUCCUUGGAUAUUUUCCCAGUGAAGGACAAUGAUGAAGUCUACAAUUUGAAGAGAGGCAGUGUUGUUUACUCUGAGGGACCAAUUGAUGGGCAAACUACUGGUGAUAAAUGUCAGCAAGAUUUGAUCCACCAAGAAAAGCUAACGUCUGAGUUGGACAGAGCUCCGUUUUCCUGCGGCUGGGAAACCACACCUGAGCAAUCCCAUCACCAGGAUUUCCUCGGUCAGUUGGCCACUCUCCUGAGUGACAGCAUCGGCCCUAUACUAGCCACAGAGGAAGCGGUGAAAGAGAGGAUCCAGGAAAUGGGUGCAAAUGAACAGUCGUGGAAAUGCAAGGCUGAAGCCCUGCAGCAGGAAAUCCAGACGCUCACCAAGAGACUUGAGCAGCUCUACCGCCUUUAUGAAGAAGCCCAGACUGAAGAAAAUUACACGGAACAGGAAAGACCCUUGGGACCCCUGGAAGGAAAGGUUGCUGUCAGCUGCUCUCUGAGGAACUUAGAUGUGGGCAGGAAGAAAGAAAACUCCAGGACCCGGACUGCCCACAUAGAUAAACACAGCAAGUUCAAAAAGUUAGAGAUGUUAUUGGAUAUUGAGCAGAAUUCCAAGAUGGCUGCAGCCCCAAGGAUGGAGGAGAAAAUCCAGAGACUUCAGAAGCAGCUUAGUGAUUUGAAAUUGUCAAACAAAAACAUGAAGACUCAACUAACGAGAAUAAAUGUCCUUAAAGACAAAACAAUUGAGAGGCUCAGGCAAUCUGUAACAAAAGUUGAAACCUUGAAAGAGAAGACAGCAGCCAAAACAGACAACUUGAAAACCCCAUCAGAUCCUGCGGAGCAGGGAGCAAGACCAGAAAAGGAGAGGGCCCACCAGACGCCAGCCCAGAGCCUUCCAGACCCUUCCACAGUCAGGGCUGUGCUGAAAGGGCUCUCAGGACGAGAGCAAGAGCUUGCUGACUUCCGGGAAGCCAUCAUGAAGAUGCUGGGAUUUAACAUGAAAACAGCAGACAAGGAUGUCAUUAAUCGGCUGAAGCUUGUCGUCCAAAUUUAUGAAAUUUCUAAAAGAUCAAAGAUGGCUUCUCACUGUGAGCCUGGUCAGGCCAAGUGAGCAAGAUCUACCUCUAUAUGCGGUUAAGAAGUUAUACACAGCUGUUUCCUACAGCACCCAGAAAAUAGCUACAUUGUGAAUAAAAUUGCAACAUUUCAACUAAAAAA